GGCCUCCGUCACAGCCUCGAAUUAUGAACGAUAGUUUUCCAUUUCUAGAAGGUCAGACAGGAAAGAGUAUUUAUUGUACCUCAUCUGACUAUGGAAAUCCUUUAGCUACAGCGACAUGGACCGCACAAUAUGGAACACCUGAUAGUGCUGAUACAAGGAAACUAACGUUACCUAACCUUACGUAUCAAGUUGAUAGAAGUCCUGUAAAAUGUCAGUUGAAGAAUUUAUAUACACAGAGGAAAAGUCUUCAGAUCCAGUCUAAACAACUUCUAUUACAAGUAGAAUAUUCUCCAAGAAUUCAGAUAUUGGUGGAAAGUAAACAAGUCAAUACUACAACAAAACAUGAGGGUCAAACUUUGUCAGCUACAUGCAUUGCUACUGGUAACCCUAACCCAGUUGUAAACUGGGUAAGACAACCGUCUAGAGGUCCUACUUUGUCAUUUGAUGAUAUAGGUAGAACAGAUCAUGGGAAAUACACUUGUAGAGCUAUAGCAACAUCAACGCAUUAUCCAAGUCAUAACUUUGUGACAGAAGAAGAAUUCAAUGUCAUUGUUAACUACGGCCAGGGCGGAUGUGACGUUGGCCAAGACCUAUUACAGAACAUAUACGAGAGAUUAAUUCAGAUGGGAAACAGAACUGCUACUUCAGCUAGCCCCCUAGAUAACCAGGUCAGCAUGCAAACGUUUGCACGAUCUUUGCAAACACUGACCAGUUCAAUUGAAGCUAUGAAACAGGAUAUCACUGAGAUAAAAUCAGGCGCACCUGCGAACCAAUCAGCAGAAUGUGCUGCUAAGCGGCCUCGAAGAGAUCCAUCGAGGGACAGUUCGGAAUGGUGGGAUAUUGACGACCAUUUUCUCGAUAGCGAGGAAACAAGUGAUGAAAUUUCACCGGAACUUGCCCAGCUAACAAACAAAAUACUACGGUCAAGGCCCAAGGAGGAACAAUCCAAAAGUUUAACAACAAAACACUAA